AUGGUGUCUCCGCACACCCAUGCCAAGGCCUUGGCUUGCAAGGCCGCCAAGGCUGCCACGUCGGGCGGCACGGCGCAGGGGGCUUUUGCAAUGAAGGAGUUGGCCAAGCUGGCCGAGAGCUUUCAGCAUGAAGAGCUCCAGGUCACUGUGGCUGAAAUGACCUUGCAAGGCCUUCAGACCUGUGAACUGCACGCCAAGACCUGCGUGAAGUCCCUGGUCGACGCCAUCAGUCCUGAGAAUACUCAGCUGGCACAAGAUGCAGCUUGGGCUUUGUCUCAGCUGGGGCCCGAGAGGAGAGGAGAGGAGAGGCAUUGUAAGAGUUUAGAUUGA